AUGGAUUUAAAUGGAGACUCCAGCACGGACGAUUAUUUUGUCACAGCCGCACGGAUUUUUGACUAUUGUGGUGUUGAUAGUACAGCGACUUUGCGAAUUGAUGCGUUAAUGGAAAGAUUGGCGCCUUUUAUUAAAACAAAUAGGUCUGAAUACAGCUACUUAAAAUCACUUCUAGAUCCAGAACAAAGCAACCCUGAAGUUACUGUUUCAGGAUUGGCAAUAGCCUUAAACAAGUACAGUGAAAGUCAUAAGAUAAAGGUUGAUUUAGAAGAAAGUUUCAAUUUGAUGAAUGAACACGCACCACACGACUCGGAUUCUGGAAUUUCAACAGAUGGAUUUCAGUUGCUAGAGGAGCUCCAGUUCGAAUUGAAGGAGAAAACUCAUAUAGCCCAGCAGCUCCGAAACCAGCUGGACUUCACGGACAGGCAGCACGAGGAGGCGCUGGCCGCGAUCACCGCCGAGCGGGACUCGUUGCGGGCACAUCUCAACAUGAUGCGCGAAGAAAACAUGACUCUGACACACGUGCGUCGAGACUACGAAGACGCUUGCGAUCGGCUGUGUUGCAGCGAGCGCGCCUUGGAAGAAGUGAAGCGGGAACUCGACAUGAGCAGGAAGCGCGCCAGAGUGCUCACUGAGCAGGUUACCGCACUGGAAUCUGAGAAAUUAACCCUUCAAGAGCUGCUGUCAAAGUCAAAGGAUGAGUGCCAUCGCAUCAACGAGAUGUAUGCAAGCAGACAAUCUGUUCUUCUCGAAGAGAAUGAGACUCUGAGAACUGAACAUGCUGAUGUAUCUGCUCGCUUGCAAGACCAAGAGGAAGUUAUGCAACAAGUCAUUAAAGAAAAGAUCAUAUUAGAGAUGGAGUUGAAGGAUUUGCUCAACAAGUCAAACCAGACGCAUAUGCGCCCGGAUCGCUCAAUAGACGUCAGUUACACUGAUGAACAGAUGCUCACAGCACUAGACAGCCUUAAUGCUGAUAGCCAGUUUGCUCAAGACAACCAGAUAUUAGACGAAGAGUUGUUCAUGAAUGCGCUCAAGGAGGACCAAGGACGGCCGACCAACAUGUCAUUGUUCGAUGAAAUAAGACUGAGCUUCUGUAACAUUUCCAGACAUAACAUAACUGACUUAAACUGUUCUAGAAAUAUCGAUAAGAGCUGUGUACAAGUUGAUACUUUAUUGGUUAUGGCAUCAACACAAACAGAUGAUGUAGACAAAUAUGAACCUUGUAUGUGUUCUGAAACAGGAAAGAUGAAAAUUGUACCAAGUGCAUUAGAUAUCGCAACACAAACAGAUUCAGUACAAGCAGAAACUUUGUCUUAUGUUGAUAACAAUAAUGUUGACACUUGUACGGACUGUAGUAAAUGUUUAGAAUGCGUAAAAUUAAGGGAAAAUGCAACCAAAUUAGAAAGUGACAUCCAACAUUCAAAUUUCACUAUCGCAGAGAUGCAAUCUGAGAUUGAUAGGUAUGAGGAAAAUGUGGUAAUUCUUCAAAAUAUAGUGGAUGAAGAAAGUGAUGGAAACAGAAAGUUAAAGGCAUUGAUAGAUAAUUUGAAAUUGAAUUUUGAAUUAAUAUAUUCCAAAUAUUCAGAUCGAAGUGGGAAAUUCGACACAAUUUGCUGUGAGACAUGUUCUGCUCAAGUACAAACGGAAAGUGGUAAUCUUUGA